AUGACUUCAACGGAUACUUAUCAAUUGAAAUGGCACUCGCACAGUUCGCAUUUAAAUGGCUCCGUUGCGGCAUUGCUCCGCUCGGAACGAUUCACAGACGUGGUGCUGUGCACGAUGGAUGGAUCUCAGAUACCCGCCCACAAGUUUAUCCUGAGCUCAUGCAGUGUGUACCUGAGCAGUCUAUUCGAGGGUCAGCGUUCUGUAACACGAAUGGGCGGAAUGUUGUAUGUGGUCCUCCCAUCCGAAAUAUCAACAAAGGCCCUGAAAAUUCUUGUAGAAUAUAUGUAUAAAGGUGAAACAACAGUUUCAAAUGAAGUUUUAGACACAGUUUUAAAAGCAGGAGAAGUAUUAAAGAUCCGAGGUCUGUGGAGGCAAGCGGAUGAGUCAGGAGACACUGCCUCAGCAGAAAAAACAUCCACGCUUGCCCCUGCUACAAAUAUUAACAAACAAACAACAGUGACAAAGAAACCAGAGGAACUAACACAAAAAUUAACAAUUAAGAAGGAUGAUAAGCUUCUCAAAGCCUUCAAUCCUGUGCAGACACAGGGAACUGUCACAAGGCCAAUGUUUAUUGGACCACCCAAAUUGGUAUUCAUAAAGACUAGUGAAGGUGGAACUACAGCAGCAUUACGGCCGGGUGGUGCUAAGGGUCAAACAAUUCUUGUUGCACCAGCUCCACAAGCUGAAACUUCUUUGGCUACUGCUGUGACUGCAUCUACUCCAACACCCACAAUUAGUGUGGCGUCUACUACUAUUUCUGAUGACUCACCUGAUGAAGCACCCCCACCACGCAUACUUAGGCGACAUGCUGCUGAACGAAAAUAUGGCAAGAGACAAAAGACUGACAAUAACACGGAGAGUGAGGAAACAAAAGACAGUGAAGACAAUCAGGACAAUGCGUCCGAGACAUCAAAGAAAUCAUCCCAUAGCACUGCGGAUGUUACUACUGAAGUGCAAGUGAAGGAUGAACCGGAUUGGGAUGCAAGUAGUAUAGAGGAGGAAGAGACAUCUAUAGCAGAGAUGUUCCAUGCUGAAAUGACUGUCAAGUCUGAGCCUGCUGACGAAAUGGACAUUGAAGAGGAAAGUUUGAUGUACAGCCCGCUGGCGUGCGAGCUGUGUGCGGAGGUGUUCACGGUGCCGGGCGCGUGGGUGCGCCACGUGCAGUCGCACGCGCGCGCCGACCACACGCACCCACGCAAGCGCAAGCAUCGCUCCGCGAGCGACGAUACGGAAGAAACAAUGGCUCUAUUACGCUGCGAUUUAUGCCAAAAGCACUUCCCCAACCCUGCAGAAUGGGUACGGCAUAUACAGAGUACACACACAGAGACAGAAUUGGCCAUAUCAAACAACAGUGCCCCACCAAAACGUCACAAUCGUUUCACAGAGGGCGCGCAAAACAAGACUUGCACCCACUGCAAGAAGAUAUUCCCCUCGCACGCAUCCAUGCUCAUACAUAUGCGUACUCACACAGGCGAGCGGCCCUUCGUGUGCGGGCUGUGCAACAAGGGGUUCAACGUGAAGUCCAACCUGCUGCGGCACCUGCGCACGCUGCACGACCAGCUGCUGCCGCACGACGAGCCCGACGAGCCGGGGCCCUCCGACGUCAAGCGUGAAGCCUGA